UCAACAUACACCCGAACUACCCCUAGCUGUAUUGAUCGUAAAUUCUUUAAUGCACUAGAGCACCUUGCACGCCAACGACAACGUGACUCUAGCACUUACGUCGCCCAGACGCAGCAGGGGUAAUAUCUUUAUGUCUUCGACUUGAAGGAACCGAACUACUAAUCAACUACAAGUACAACUCAACUACAAAAGAAAACCAACACGGCAGUGAUGAACAUGACUUCCGACAUUUCACAAGAGACGCCGCUGGACGACGAGUGCUCUACGUCUACUACCAGCGGGAUCGCGACCCCUCCAAUGGGACUUCUCUCGCAGCAGGGCGGAUCGGCGCCCAAGAAGAUGAUGCCCAUUCCCACGCAGCAGGAGGACGAAAAUUGUGGCAAAAGCGUUCUGCUCUCCGCCAUGGAUGAAGUAGAAAUGAAAGAUCGUGCCUCGGACUGCACUUCUGCCGCCUCUACUUCUACGCGGGUACUUUUUUCCAGCUCUAGCAUUAGCAUCUGUCUUUCCUGUUGAUGUUGACCCGUCCUCGCAUUCUAGGUUCGUUGCACGAGAGAAGUCAGGGGUGUGCGAAAUCAUCUGCGUGCUUUCAUGGUUUUGGUUUCGACUUGUAGCAGUCUUCUACAAGUAGAGUUUUUAGAGCCCUAAAAUGAAUUUAUCAAAACCGACUGUCACAGUCGCAUAAGGCAAAAAGUAGGAAGUAGUACUUCCAAACUGUGAUACUUGCCGCGCUACUUUUCCACACAGGACGAAGGUUGCGGCAAAAAUCCCGGUCCGCCGCCCGUAAAUGAACAGCAAAAGAAGCACGCGAAAGAGCCCAAGAAAGUCGAGCCGGUGCCGACCGGCAACGAGGUGAAGAGCUACGCCAAACGGGCUGGCAAGCGCAAACAGGUGGUGCAGCAGCGCUACCGGAAGCUGGGACUUGAUCACGCGUCGUGUCUGCCGCGGAAAAAACUGUUGACGAUGGGGAACCAGAAGGCUCAAGUGUUCGCGGGGGGAACAGCGGCAGCCGCGGGCGUUUCCGUGUUCUUCUUGGGCGGUACAUCAAUGCUGGGCCACCAGGUGCAGGCCGUGCGCACGACCUCGGACAAGAAAUCCAGCAAGAACCUGCUGCAGCAGAAGGCCGCUCGCUUGGAAGAGAAGAACAGGCGGGAACAAGAACAACUUCAGGCGGCCACGAUGGGGGGUGGGGACGAGACAACCGAUGGUGAAAUGACCACUGGUAUUGCAGCUGCUGGUGCUGCUACUGCUACUGCUGCACCGGGCGGCGAAGAGAUGACGGGGGUAGCUUCCCCCACGACAACUUCCGCUGCUUCCGAGAGAGGAGUGGUUCUGACGGACGCCGCAGCUGAAAUUGGUUUUGCCGCUCUCGAGAAGAAGAUAUCCAGUGCAAUAUUAAACAUGAUGUGUGGGUCGAGAUCAAUACUGCAGACGUUCGGCACGUACUGGUGCUGCGACGGCCGUGCAUUCCUGUCUGCUCCGGAGGGGAAAUCCCAUCGCUCUGCCGCGACGCGGCGAAAAAAAAACACCUUUUGCAACUCAACAUGCACGACAAGAAAUCCUUGUGCUAUCGACUUGUCGUGUGCGCACGAUCACAAAUAGAGAUACUUUUCUGUCGUCUUUCCAGCCACACACAUCCAUGUCUGCAAUGCAUAUGAGAAUGGAGAACAUGAACAAGAAGAAGAAUUGGAGGACGCCCAGACCGGCGACACGGCGGGGACGUCGGGGGACACCGAGGUCGACGCUAAUGUCAGGGUGCGGAGCAGUGGCUUCCUUUCUACUGAAAGAACCUCGGGGAUCUUUUCCAGACGCCGUGCCCUUCCCCUUCCGACAGGGUUCCAUCCAGCGCGGGAAGGCAUUUGCGCUGCGAUCGAAGCGGCUGCCGCGGCCACAGCCGCAGCUCAGAAAGAGUAUCCCAACGUGAACGCGCGUGUCCAAGCCAAGGGUAUGCAUUGCAAAAAGGUCUGAGUCUGGAAGAAUGCAGCUUGUCAUGAGAAAAAAAUGAAAAGCUGUGUUGCGUGAACGCCAAAAGGAGCCCAGCUCUUGCUGCACACAAGGCGUCGCAUUUCGCAUGGGGAAAGGGCCUGGGAAAGGUCUCGCAAAAUGAACAUCUAUAAUGCUUCUGUGUGCGUUCCAGACCACCAUGGGCGUCGUCCGCGAGAUGCAUGAGAAAUCUCGUACUCUUGCCGACCCAGACAUAUUUGCACUUGAUAGACGGGUUCGCUCAAGCACUUGACAGUCUACUUCCGUACGCCUUUGAUUCUGAAGAAGACAAAAUCCGAUUUCCAUCUGCAUUUGUCCGCGACAAUUGGGUGAUGUCACAUGAGAAACUCGAGUCGUGGCCGCCUUUUCUUGAAUCCGAUUUCGGCAAGACGGCUGCUCGCCUCAAGCACCUUUCGGCCCAGCAGGUCGAUGCCGCCGAGUAUUAAACUGACGAAUCCCCCCGCCCGUCUCCAGAGUUCACAAAUAUCUGUCUUGCGUGGUUGGUUUGCAGUCUUAUCAGGGGGAGCUGAGAGUUUCUUUUAUUUUGCUUGCAUGAACUACAGGAACAGCAGCUGUUGGUUAUGCUCUCACACUUGGAACGAUGACAUGUACAUGAUGCGAACGAAUGAAAUAAAUACACCUUCUCAAAUCUGGGGGCGGGCUGCUUCGCGCUUCGAUAUUAUGAAAUUUACAAAACCGUUGGAGGCCAGGGUGAGAAACGCAAACUUCGCAGCCUCCUCCAUGGCCUGCGAGCUGAUCACCGGAAGUCAGCACUGCGCGGCAGUGGAUCGCACGCCUGAAGCAAAUGCAGCUGCUGAUCGAGACCCAGACCCGCUCAAAAAAUUAUAUGCGAUGCGAAGUGAAGCUAGUAAGGCAUUCUGCAGGGACAAUUGGGGGUUCGGGCUUCACCGCCGCUUGCUUUCGGGAUUGACGAGCCCGUUCAAGGCCUCACCCCCCCCGAACAUGCCGUUCGAGGCCUCACCUCCCCCCGACGAGGAAGCCGCGUUCAAGACAAAAGUCGCGAACCGGGUCAUGGCGGGCAAGUGGGAUGAAUGGAAAUGGCGGGGCCGUUCUAAUUCGAAUCCCCGGUAUCAGGAGGUCUUGCAUCCAACUAUGGACAUUUGGGCUUCCCAGGCUUACGAUGACACGAUGGCAGAGGUCCUCACCAAGAGAGGGGUCACGGAGCUGGUGCCGGAGCUGGGCAGCAGCACGGGCAGCGGUUAUAAUCAGAAAGCUGCUUUGACUUUCGCAAUGAAAAGGAAGGAAGAUGACCCUCAGGACAGGCUGCUGAAGGUCGUCAUGGUGCCAUACGAAAAGGAGGACCAAGGUCGCGAGUCGAUGGACCGCUAUCGCCAAGCGCCCGUCUUUGCGCGAGAUGCGCAUCCCGACAUUUUUAACAAGCCCAUCGGAGAGGUGGAUGGGUAUGGUGUCACAGUCGACGUCGACCGCUUGCCACGACCGCAGGAAAUUUUGGUCUGGGAAGAGGAAAGGCCCGAACGGCGUCUUCAUUUUGAUGAUUCCACCGAAAUAAAUUUGAGCACGAUUCUUGAUCCGCACCUCCUUAGUGAAAAAGAAGAAUUGUCUUCUUUUAUCGAAACGUCCAAGAGCCUUCCCGAGUUCCACAUGUUGAUGAAGGACAAGAUUGGCGUUUUCUAUGGCGGGACAGCAUAGGGGCGACGGUGAAGUGAGAUCGGCGUAGUUUUUUCGCGGCCGAGUUGUAGAGGGCAUUCGGUAGCUUGCCUUUUUUGGUGAACAAACCGACGAGGCAUGUUUCUCUGUGUCUGGUUUUUGAUUUUGUGCAGCAGCAAAGCUCUGCCAUGCCGCAUUUGCUGCAUGAAUUUCGCGCCUGCUGCGCUUUUAUUUGUUUUCCUGCAAAGCCGAGCGACGCCUGCGCUAGCGAUCACUUUUAGAGAAUAUAAUCCUAGCCGCCCAUGCCGGUCUAGUAUCCUAGCUACAGAAUAUCCACAACAUGCCGUCGUCGUGGGCGGACGAACUGAGUGUGCGGGAUAUCCGCUACAUGCCUUGGGCCGAUUUGGCUCCGGAAAAGGAAAUGGCUGUCAAGGAUACACACACACUCAAACCAUGCGCAUGCUUAUGGGCGCGCUAAAGAACCAAAAAAACCAACCGGCCCAAGAGAAAGAGAUCGCCACUACAUCUAGAGGCCAAAAAACCGCCGCUCUCAUGCCGUUUCCGAAUUUUGUCCGACCAUAUCCGCCGGACCAACGAGGGUCGGACGUAUCGCUGGAUUGAUGCGGUGUUCAAGGAUGGGCCGAAGGAAGCGGAGCGCAAACGCAAAGAGGAAGCGCACCGGCUCGAACAGGCCGCAGCGGAAGCGAACCGGCUCGAACAAGCCCCAGCGGAAGCCGCGAGGAAGCAGCAAGCCGAAGCCCAAGGCGCAGCGGAGCAGGAGCGCAAAGCCGCAGCGGAAGUAGCGCCGCACCGGCCUAAACAAGCCGCCAAGAAAGGCUUCUUCUCGCUUUUUGGGCGCCAAAGAACCCCGGGCGCCAAAGAUCCCCCGGCGCCGCGUCCCGGCGACCCCACGUACCUGCAUGCGGUGCCUAUUUGGGACCCUUGGGAAAACCCUUAUUAAUGACACAGGUGACGCCAACAAGUAGUACUUACAACUAUGAUCAACAAGUACAAGGCAUAUAAGAGCAUCAUCUCUUCAGGGCGACUAGGUCAACGUCGAACACAUUCCCACGGGAAAGGCAUGGAGCCAAACGUCGUCCCAAACUCAGGCUUGCACUUCAUUUUCUUUUGUCAUUCUGCACGGAUGUUUUUUCGAAUCGAUGCAUCUGCUCCUCAUUACUAGGGGGCACGCGGUUCGACACACCUAUUUAGUACUUAUUAAACUAAAUCCAUCGAUGUCGUGUUUGUUUCUGUUUCCCCGUAUCAGGUAUCUAUAUGAUGAUCGGACUUACACGAGGGCUACACACUCAAGAAUUUUUUACCUUCCGCUACAACGGUUUGCACAGCAUCUGUCUAAUAAAAUCAAAAAUGAAGAUGAACAAUAUGAGGAGGAUAGAAAAGGUGCCAAAAGUGGUAUCGUAUUGGUAUUGGCAUGAUCGGAGGCGGAGCUCAUUGUUUUGCUCGACGAGUUGGGUAGUUGUAUUAAUUCUUUCCAGCUGCUUUUUUUUUCUAAGCUAAUGCAAAAAAUUUUGCUUGAGCUUGAAAAAGAAAAACUACAUCAUUGUAUCUAUAUAUUAUCACUUCGUUUUCUAUUGUCUAAGCAGGAAGUUUUGGUUUUCAUUUGUACUUUGAGUUCACUCGUCCGAUUUUCUUUCCAUUAAGGCUUCAACGCCCGAGUUCGCACCUUUCACGUAUCGCACACACAGCUUGAAUAUUUAUAUUUGAGACCGGUACGUGCUGAGGCCUAGAUUUGUAAUCACGAGGCUACGAUGAGGGUUACAAUUUUUGUGUCGAGCAUACCACCGGGGAAAGCAGGGGGGCCCCGCCUCCCGCCCUCUCACCCGCUGCGUAUCCCGCGUCCGCAGGGGGCCCCCGCCCUUCCGCCUCCACAGGGGGCCCCCGCUCUCUCCCGGGCCGCCCGCCUGGUGAAACAGGGGGCCCCCGCCUCCCGCCCUCUCACCCGCUGCAUUUCCCGCGUCCGCAGGGGGCCCCCGCCCUUCCGCCUCCACAGGGGGCCCCCGCCCUUCUCCCGGCCGGGCCGCCCGCCGGAGGCCGGAGGGGGCCCCCGUCCUUCUCCGCGGUAAGUCCCUCCCGCCCGCAGGGGGCCCCCGGCCUCCACCUUUGGUACCCAAGGGAGCCCCCCGCCUUUUUCUCCCGCGCGUGGGGGGCCCCCGGCCUCCGCCUUUGGUGCCCAAGGGGGCCCCCCGCCUUGCUCUCCCGCGCACGGGGGGCCCCCGGCCUGUACCAGCGGUGCCCAAGGGGGCCCCCCAAGCUUUUCCACCUGCUCGCGGGGGGCCCCCGUGUUGUUCGGGGUCUCCCGCCUUCCUUUCCCACUCGCAUGCAAGGGCUCCUGUCGCGUACAUCGCUCCGCGCCCGCAACAGGGGAAACGCAGCGGGGGCCCGCCGCGCAGUCGGCCCCGCGCGCUGCUGCAGGCAGGGAGCUCGCCAUGGUGUCCUUCCGUCCCAAGCGGCAACACAUUCAUGGGGCCCGCGCGGCUGAAGUGAACCAGUAGCGCCGUCUAGGCCUGUGCGCGGGGUCAACCGCAAAUACGCGGCCGUAGUGCCGCAUAGGCCUCUGCGCGGGGUCAACCACAAGUACGCGGCUGCAGCAGGGCAGACGUACGCAAAGGCCCGCGAAUAGCGCCUGAACACAGGGCGACGGUGACGUGGGACGGCGGGCACAGAGUUGGGCACGCUGACGCGUUGUCUGCGGCCGCCGACGUGAAAUGCUGCCCGCGCGUGCCGAGGUGAUCGGCAGGGGCGGCCUGGCUGCGCGAGCGGGGUGCCUCUGCAAGAAUUAGGGGCAACAGCCGUAAUGGGAUGCGACUAGUGUGCGUGUUGGUUAGGAAGACCGCUUGACUUUUGUGUCCGUGGAAUACUGUUCGUUGUUGGUUGUCAAUACGCCAGAGCGACAAUCUCCUACGCCAAGCUCUUCACGUGGCGCCAACAACAGGCGCGGGCCAAAUCCAAACCCCACCCGAAACAAGACAAACCCUGUGAAAUCGUAUGGCGCUUGGAAUGGCGAUACGCUACAAGAGCGGUGGCUACAGUUUGCGACAAACCACGGAAACCGACUCCGGUCGGAAGCCGGCGCGUACCAUCGCGAUUCGAGAUAAAACCGAAGCGCUUGUUCCGAUUUGUGUUACGGCGAGACACAUCGUGAAAAAAAAGCCGUGCCGUCGUGAUUCGGCUGCGCGGCUUGUGCGAAAUAUCGCGAAAAACCAGGAAAAAGCAACUCCGAAAACAGGGCCCGUAGCACCGCGAUUCGCGACGCAAUUGGUAGGCUUUUUCAAAAUUUUUUUCACGGUGAAAAUCAUCGCGAAAAAGAGACCAUACCGUCGUGAUUAGUAUUCAAAACCAAGGAUUUUUUCACGAUUUUCACCAGUUUCACGACAAAUUCCGGGAUCCCAGAAAUCCCGGGAUUCCGGAAAGACGUGAGUAAAAGACAAAAGCAAAAGCCCGAAGAUUUUGAAGGGCCAACCCGCAUGGUAUGGCGCGCGUAGGCUACUGAAGUCCUUAUAUUUUCGCAGUGUAAAAAAAGCCGUUUCACGAGGGCACCGCGCCCGGGUAUAUACGCAAGGUUUGACCCAAAUCACGAUGCUACUACGAGUAAUUCUAGGCCUCAGCGCGUACCGUUCUGGUAUAUUUUGUUUUGGUAGAAGAAGUACUGAAUAUGCAGCAGUAAAAAAAUGAUGAUGCUCAUGAUGGGUACGUUUUCGUCUUCAGUUAUUCCUGUUGGAGUUUCGCAAUCUACUUUACCUUGUGUUGAGAGCCCAAUUUUGUAUUGCCGAGCAGAAGUACAUGUCACGGCCACACUCGACACUUUAUCUGAUUGAAGUUACAAGCGCGAGACAGAGAUACAAGAAAUACGAAGGAAUACCGACGAAUAUGGAUAUUUACGACAAAGCGACGUAAGGAU